GGGUAGUAGCAGGUAGCAGGUUUAGCUUGUUAGCCACUAGUCAGGAUAGCCUGGUUAAUAAAGCUAAUUUUAAUAGUACCAAAAACGAUUUUUUCCCACGUCACAACAUCCACCCAACACUUUUUCCCACAAAUAACACCAGUAUUUCUCCUCAGUAGUCUGAAUACGUGGCUCAAAUCGCACACUCAGAGCGAAGUGCUCACGGCACGACACUAGAAGGCGGAUUGGAACAUCUCCAUCUCCAUGUUCAUGUUGACGCUUCGUCACUUCCGGCUUUAGCGGCCAUUAGCGGGAGGCGAAGCGCCAAACUCGAAAUCUGCCGUUGACACACAAAAUCUGUUGCCUAAAGUUGAACCAGAAAUACGCUGGUGCAUUAUUUAUUGUUUUUUAUUUUUUGAUGUAAAACAGAAAUGACGGAAUUGCUUUUUAACAAGACGUUGCAAGUGUACGUGAAGUGUAAAGACUGCGAUGACAGGCGAGCAGUUAUCAGAGUCAGUAUUGAACUGCAGCUCAUUUCAAACCCCAUCCACAGACGGGAUUUGGUUGUGAGGCUGACCGACGACACUGAUCUCUACUUCCUGUAUAACCUCGUCAUAUCAGAGGAGGAUUUUCAAAGCUUGAAAGUCCAGCAGGGUCUCCUGAUAGACUUCACCGCUUUCCCUCAGAAGUUCAUAGACCUGUUAGAACAAUGCAUCUCCGAGCAGAGCAAAGAAAAUCCAAGGUUCUUGCUGCAGCUUUCCUCCCCGUCGUCUGCACUAAACCACGGCUUUGCUAAUCUGAACGUCGUGGAGACCAACGCCUUCAAGCACCUCACACACCUGUCUCUCAAACUGCUCCCUGGCUCAGAUGUGGAAAUAAAGAAAUAUCUGGCUACCUGUUUGGCCACGAUAAAGGAGGAAAAGGAGCAACUCCAGCAAAAACUAAAGAAGACUGAAGAGGAUCUGACUAAGCAGCUAAAUUAUGCACAGCAGACGUUGUCUGAGAAGAGCCGGGAACUGGACAAACUGCGCUCUGAAUGGACGUCACAAACGACCUCGUUGUCCAGCAGACAUACGCAAGACCUCACAGCAGAGCGUGAAAAAGCUCUGGAGAUCCAGACGAGGCUGCAGCAGCAGAAUGAACAGCUGAGGCGCGAGCUGGAGGCGACUCAUCAGCGCAGCACGCAACAGCUUCAAACCCGGCUCUCCGAACUGGAGACCUCCAACAGGGAGCUCACGGAGAAAAAGUACAAAAGCGACUCCACCAUCCGAGACCUGAAGGCCAAACUGCUCGGCCUUGAGGAGGAGUCUCAGAGGGCGAAGCAGCAGGUGGCGUCUCUCCGGAGGGAAAACAGCACCCUCGAUACAGAAUGUCAUGAAAAAGAGCGACUAGUUAAUCAGCUGCAGACUCGAGUAGCCGUGCUUGAGCAGGAGAUUAAAGACAAAGAUCAGCUCGUUCUCCGAACCAAAGAGGUGCUCGAGGCCACGCAGCAGCAAAAGACCUCUGUUGAGGAAACUGCUGAGAGUAAACAGCUACAGAUUGGAAAGUUGGAGUCAACAGUGAAAUCCUUAUCUGAGGAGCUCAUAAAGGCAAACGGCAUCAUUAAAAAGCUACAGGGUGAUCUGAAGGCUCUGGUGGGGAAGAUUAAAGUGAAGAACACGGUGACUGUGUCUCAGGAGAAAGUGCUGCAGGAGACGACGGAACGACUGCAGAGGGAGCAGAGGGAGUUGCAGGACACGCAGCACAGACUGAGGCUCAAAGAGGACGAGGUCUCAAAGUUAAAGGAGCAGUUGGAAGCCACAGUUAAAAAACUGGACGAGAGCAGAGAGGUGCUGAAAACUAAUGAAAACGUGAUAACGUGGCUGAAUAAGCAGCUGAAUGAAAACCAGCUGUCCAGGAAGCAGGACACUGUUGGUGUGUUUGAGACUCCGCAGCCUGGUGCUGGACUGAGACUUGCUCCUGCUUCUCACAACAUGCUUGAUAGUAAGACUUUCCCCUCCCUGGGCCAGCCGUAUCCUGUAACCUCCACGUUAAACUCCAAGCACUCGUUCCCUCUGUCAUGUGUGAGCGCUGGACCGCGUUCUGUCCUCACUUUACACAAUCCCAACCCAGGACCAAAGGUCCUGUUUAACCCGAUGAGUGCCAAAGCCAGCAUGUCUCCGGUGGAAGGGAAUGGAAACCCAACAGCACCACAGUCUUCCUCCAAUAAGGAGAACGGGGAGCCGCUGGGGUUGGACUCAAAAUACUUUGAGAGACGAGAUGAGAGCAUCCCUCUGCGUGGCCUGGUACCCAGCAUGCACCUGAACAAAGAAAUCACUAAACCCUCCUCCACAAAACCCACAGCUCCAUCAGCAUAUUUCCCCGGAUGAUAUCCUUCUUCAUGUUUUUUCCACUACCAGUGUGUAAGGAGCACCAACCCUCAGGAGCUUCUGCACAUCUCUGUCAUGUGUUAAGUGCAUUAUGCUUCUCAAAUUAUUUAUUAAACACUGUUUUUUAACCAUUGAUGGAUUGGUUUGCAGCUGAGUGGUUGUGCACACAGGAAUUUUUUCGUUUUGUUUGAAUGAAAAACGUUUACAGGUGCUGAAAUAUGUAUGGUGCUAAAAAUAUGUGUGAGUACAUAAACAUAACUGAUGUUGCGAGCGAAUGGGCGGAUGAAAGACCAUCCAGAUCGCAAUAAGAAUUAAACAUGUUGGUAUAAUGCAUUUCCAGUAGGCAUGUGCCGAUAAUCAUAUUUAGUGCUAUUGUUGACGCUUCAGGUUUUCACUAAUCUACAAAGCCUGUCUAGAAAAUGUUUUUUCCCCUUACAGUGCUUUUAAGCAGCAAUUUUGAUGGAACAUCUCGUGUCAUAGUGCUAUUGAGUGGAGGAGACAUAGCAGACAAAACAGCAAUAUGAAAGAUUAAUAUUGGCACAUGUCUAAUUUCCACUGAUGGGUCAUGAGUUUUAAAUCAGUGCGAGUGUGUUGUUGUGAUUGUAUAUAAGUUGUAUAUAAAGUCUACAUGAGAAUCUUCAUCUAUGACAGUGAUGUACUGUACUUAGAGCCUUGAUUUAAUAAAUAAUUUUUCUUAAAACCA